GUAAGUUGUAGUUAUGACCGUUUUUAUCUCUUGAUUCUGUAGUAGUUAAAAUGACGACAGCAGCAAGGCCAACGUUUGAACCUGCAAGAGGAGGAAGAGGAAAAGGUGAAGGAGACUUAAGUCAGCUAUCCAAACAAUAUUCCAGCAGAGACCUUCCUUCUCAUACUAAAAUCAAAUACAGACAGACCACUCAGGAUGCUCCUGAAGAGGUGCGUAACCGUGAUUUCAGAAGGGAGCUAGAGGAGAGAGAACGGGUCGCUGCAAGAGAAAAGAAUAGAGACAGACCAACCAGAGAACACACAACAUCAUCUUCUGUAUCUAAGAAGCCUCGGCUGGACCAGAUUCCUGCAGCAAAUCUUGAUGCCGAUGAUCCUCUUACUGAUGAAGAUGAUGAAGAUGAGGACUUGGAAGACAGUGAUGAUGAUGACACUGCAGCUCUUCUGGCUGAACUGGAAAAAAUCAAGAAAGAACGAGCUGAGGAACAGGCUCGAAAGGAACAAGAGCAAAAGGCUGAAGAAGAAAGAAUUCGGAUGGAGAACAUUCUGAGCGGUAACCCUCUGUUGAACCUUACCGGCCCAGCACAACCUCAAGCAAACUUUAAAGUGAAGAGGAGAUGGGAUGAUGAUGUUGUCUUCAAGAAUUGUGCCAAGGGGAUAGAUGAAACAAAAAAGGACAAAAGAUUUGUGAAUGAUACUCUGCGAUCAGAAUUUCACAAAAAGUUCAUGGAAAAAUACAUCAAGUAGUACAGUUUUAUGUGCAGUGGUGCUGAAGGACUUGGAAAGUCAUGGUUGUUCCCCCCUUUCCCUCAGAACUCAAGGCUGAAUACUUGGUCAUGAAUUCCCAAAUGCUUUUCCAAGAUCAUCAACAGCUUCAUAAUUAAUAAUUGCUAUGUAUCUGGAGUUUUUAUUCCUGCGCUAUGUUUUCCUUUUCAAUUUUAAUUAAAUCAGUUUGUGUUUCAUGAAUGUUUUUCUGUUCACAUGUGUUUACUUUUACUGGCUGCCUUUUAAAUGGGAGAAGAGAGAAACUGGUUUGCAAUAAAUACUUCUAGUUGUUUAAAUUGCUUUCCAAAA